AUGACCACCUGCCCGCCACCCUCCCGCUUCUCCUCGUCCCCCUACAUCCCCCCGGACCGAAUCUUCGAAUUAACCGCCCAAUACCUGGACGACCCCAGCCCUCAGAAAGUCAACCUCGGCCAAGGCACAUACCGCGACAGCCACGGCCAACCGUGGGUGCUCCCCGCCGUGGCUGCCGCACGCACCCGCCUGACGGCCACCGGCCUGAACCAUGAGUACCUCCCGAUCCUGGGUCAUCCGGUCUUCCGCACGCUGGCCCCACAGCUCGCCCUCGGACCAGCCCUGCACGCCAGUCUCGCUUCCCAGAUAGCCGCCUGUCAGUCGCUCUCGGGAACGGGGGCAUUGCAUCUGGCUGGGCUGCUUCUUCGACACCUCCACGACAUCCAGCUCCGGCAGGGGCUAGCCACCCCUGCUCUGCCGAAAGUCUACAUCCCAAGCCCCACCUGGUCGAACCACCACCAAAUAUUUACCUCCCUAGGGUUUGAAGUCGUCUCGCUGCCCUAUUACGCCGCGACCACCCGCUCCCUGGCGCUGGAACCCUAUCUCAACGCCUUGGCCGCGGCGGAGCGCAACAGCGUGGUGAUCCUGCAUGCGUGCGCGCACAACCCCUCGGGGUGUGAUCCGACGCCCGCGGAAUGGCGGCAGGUCGCGCAGAUCGCUAAAGAACGGAACCUCUUCCCCCUCUUCGAUGCUGCAUACCUGGGAUUCAACUCGGGGAAUCUCGACGAGGACGCCGCGGCGAUUCGGUUGUUUGCGGGCGAGGAGUUCGGGCUCGAGGUCGGGGUGUGUAUGUCCUUUGCGAAGAAUAUGGGGCUCUAUGGCGAGCGGACGGGGUGCUUUUUCCUCACCGCACAUACCAAAACAGCAGCCAGGAAUACGGAGUCGGUUUUGGAAGUGUUGCAGCGACGGGAAGUAUCGAAUCCACCCGCUUAUGGGGCGAAGAUUGCGGCCAUGAUUCUGGGGAAUGAGGAGCUGGGGGAGAUGUGGAAGGAGGACUUGCAGACCAUGAGUGGGCGGAUUCGGGAGAUGAGGGGCCAGCUGGUCGAGGGGCUGGUCAAAUAUGGGGCCCCCGGCGACUGGGCGCAUUUGGUGCGCCAGACCGGAAUGUUUGGAUUUCUCGGAUUAGAGGAGGGCGUCGUAAAGGAGUUGCGGGAGGAGGAUCAUAUUUACAUGGCGGAUAAUUCGCGCGUGUCGAUUGCUGGGUUAAAUCCAGGGAAUGUCGAGUAUGUAGCCAGAGCAAUCGCUGAGCGCCUGCGGAAGCGAAAUGCUUGAUUUGAGGUGGUCAUAGAUGAAUACCGAGAGACCACGGGUAACGUUGGGGUAACGUUGGCUUGAUGCAUGGCUCUUUAUGCAUUGCAUGCCAGUCCUAUUUAGACGAGCUUGUUCUGCCUUCGGCCGUUCCACCAAAUCAACGUUCGGCAGCCAGCAUUGGACUUGUUCAUGGUAAAUAUGGUCAUCGAUUCAAUCUCCAAGUGUCAACCGAGUGGCAUAGCCGCCAACUCGUCCCUGUGGUUGUGUGUAACAGCCGGUCGAUAUAUGAACCUCGGAUGUAAAGCAUGACUCCCCUCGGCUGAGUGGCCAAGGCAGUCGUAUCCUCUCAAUCGCUGGUUGCGUGCGAUAGAACGGGGCCUCAGACGCGCUUUUGUCAUCAGUCCUGGUGCAUAACUUAUCAUGAAGGCGGAGUCUAGAAUGACAACGUACCACUUCGGCUAACUGGGACG